AGGAAAUCAGAAAUGAGGAUUAAUCGGAAAUGAGAAUGAAAUUGAGGAGAACCUUCAAUUGGAACUUCAGAGAAAUUGGAAUUAGAAUCGGAAAUAGCUUGUGGAGAAACUCUUGGAAUCGAAAUGGGAAUGAAAUCGGGGUUGGCCUUUUGGGAAGCCCGUUCCCACAGUGCUCACUGCCCGGCUGGCCUGCCAGCGGCUGGUCAAAGACUUGGUCGGAUGCGAGAUCCCUUGCUUCAGCUAUGACGGUAGCAGAGAGUUUAAUGGACUUGAAAGGAAGUUCAGAUGGGAUCGGAAUCGAAAUUGGAAUUAGAAAUGGAAAGGAGCUUGUGCAGAAACUCUUGGAAAAAUGCUUUCGGGUAAAUGGAGAAUAAUAAUUGUUUUCUAGACGGUUUGGGAAAAUGCUUUCUGGUUCCUCCGUUGUGUUUUUUUUUUUUUUUUUCUAAUUUUAGUUUAGUUUCAGAUUUGACGCCGUUUCUAACCCGUGUUUUUAUUUAAUUAAUUCCUGCACUUGCC